AAUUCAUUGACUUGCGUUGCUGAGCAGAUAUCCUUGCAAAAUGUCUGAGAAAGCUAGCGGUGCUUCAGUGAGAAUUUCCUACGUUUUGUCAGCAGUGAUUGCUGUGCUGUGCUGUGGAGCGCUUGUUCGUGUUGAGUUCGUUCUAAGAGAGCACAGAGAAUUGAUCAACAUUAUACAAGAAAAGACUAACUGUAUGGUGUCUUGUAGACUCAAGGCCAGUCAAGAGAAAGAUCCAUCAUCUAAACAGAACGAAUCCAAAUCAAGAUCCCGACGUGACAUCUCAACAAGCUCUACACAAGAUCUUCAAAACCUCUACUCCGCCUUAGGUAAAGUGUAUGGCCAAGGGCGCCCAGGACCGCCCGGCCCGCCUGGCAGGACGGGUCUGCCCGGACUUAUGGGACCUCCUGGUCGAAAUGGGGUCGAUGGACGUCCCGGACAAWACGGCGAGAAAGGGUAUCCGGGACYUCCUGGGAAGAAAGGUGAUGCUGGUCCGCCCGGAAUACCUGGUCCAAAAGGAUUCAUGGGACAUAGGGGACCUCCUGGUCCAAAGGGGGAUCCUUCACAAGGUGCGCCCGGACUUCCUGGAAAGAAAGGAGAUAUUGGUCCUGAAGGUCCGCCCGGACUUCCUGGGAUUAAAGGAGAUACUGGUCCUUCACAAGGUCCGCCCGGACUUCCUGGUAGAAAAGGAGAUACUGGUCCUUCACAAGGUCCGCCCGGACUUCCUGGGAGGAAAGGAGAUACUGGCCCGAAAGGUUCGCCCGGACUGCCUGGUCCAAAAGGAUUCAUGGGAUAUAGGGGACCUCCUGGUCCUAAGGGGGAUCAUUCCGAAGGUGCGCCCGGACUUCCUGGAAAGAAAGGAGAUGUUGGUCCUAAAGGUUCGCCCGGACUUCCUGGUCCAAAAGGAUCCAUGGGACAUUUUGGGCCAAAGGGGCAACAAGGAGAUGCUGGUCCUGAAGGUCCACCUGGACUACCUGGUCCAAAAGGAUCCAUGGGAGAUUUUGGGCCAAAGGGACAACCUGGAUAUGCCGGUCCACCAGGCGUCCAUGGGAAUCCCGGACUUCCUGGGAUUAAAGGAGAUGCUGGUCCUGAAGGUCCGCCUGGACUUCCUGGUAGAAAAGGAGAUACUGGUCCUUCACAAGGUCCGCCCGGACUUCCUGGGAGGAAAGGAGAUACUGGUCCUAAAGGUUCGCCCGGACUGCCUGGUCCAAAAGGGUCCAUGGGAUAUGAUGGACCUGUUGGACCGAUGGGGGAUACUGGACCUGCCGGUCCACCUGGYKUGGAUGGCUCUAUUGGACCGGAAGGACCUAUUGGGCCUGCUGGSAUGAAGGGAGAUACCGGUGACCCAGGUCUACCUUCUGUUGUCAAUUACCGACCAAUGGUAUCUCUCUUUCCUGUCGGACCAAUUUACGCCAACGAGGAAGAUGACGUAACUGUAGCAUGUCACGUGGCUGGCAUCCCAAAACCUAUGGUCACGUGGUCAAAAGACAAGGUGUCUUUGCCUUUAAUGGGUUCCUUGAUUACUGGGAACAUGCUGAAGAUAAAGGCAGCAAAAAGACAGGACUCUGGUGUAUAUGCAUGCACUGGUUCUAACGCUCUUGGCUCAACGAGUGCAAGAAUUAAAAUCACUAUUGUGUGGACGCCAAAAUUCAUCAUCGCCCCUCCCCCGCAGAUAUUUAAGAGACCAAAUGACACAUUGACUCUCGAUUGUAAAGCCAAAGAGGACUACUCCGUGAAAAUGUUAUGGAGGAAAGAAAGAGGAGAACUUCCAUAUAACAGAACUCGGUUUAUGAAUAAACGAAGGCGAAUGGUUAUAACUGGAMUAAAAAAAACUGACGAAGGCGAAUAUGUAUGCAAUGCUCAUUAUCCUUCAGGGCACGGCCUAAGUAGAUUUACCAAGGUGACAGUUACAGAAAUCGGCAUCAAAUUCGCUCGUGAGUCAGUCACCGACUAUAUCUUGGUAAACAAAGGAUUGCCUCGCAUGACCAGUKUCACCGUGUGCCUUUGGAUGAKUACCUUAAUCAAAGAUCAACGAGACGACAGAACCAUGAUAAGCUACGCUGUACCAGGAUCAACAAAUGAAAUUCUGUUGAAUAAUCCCAAAUCCUUGUACCUCUGGAUUGGAACUAGAUUAUGGAAUUCAAAAGUCUCCGCCAAUGACGGUCUGUGGCACCACAUCUGCGCAAYAUGGGACAACUCCGCUGGCCAAACUGAACUCUACAAAGACGGCGUUCGACGUGCUCAAGGGUUCUUGAAGAAAGGUCACGUGACCAGAGCUGGAGGUUCGCUGAUAAUCGGACAAGAGCAGGACAGAGUGGGCGGAAGAUUCCAGAAAUCCCAGUCUUUCGUUGGUGAGCUGACCGGGAUUAACAUCUGGAAUAGAGUACUGGGACCAAAAGAGAUCUCUGCUAUGUCCAGUAAUUGCGAUACUUUUACAUACGGGAAUGCGUUGACAUGGAAUGACGUCGUAAAUGGCAUUGAAUACGGUCAAGUUAAGAUCAUUCCAUCAGAGUGCACUAAGCCAUGAAACACGACAAUUAAGUAAAAAUGACUUUUUGGGAUUGUUGAUUAGGGCUGGUUGUACGAAGAGGAAAUAAAGUUAUGAACUAGCUCCUUA